UUAAGGCGGUCGUGGAAGACGUCGAUCCCUAAAGUUGUUAGGGCUUCUACCGAUCACCCACCGGCGAUAUCGUCUACGUGUCGGAGAAAUGGUUGGUGAGUGUAAUUGGUGAGACGAGAUUUCGUUUCUGGGCUUGGUGUAACGUGAAGUAUAAUAAUUGAUUGGCAAUGGUGGAAUUUACAGAGAGAGAGGACCGAGUUUCUUUGGAACUCAGCGAAGAAAUUAUACAGAGCAUGGAACCUGGCGCCGUUUUCAGAGACUAUAGCUUUUGUUAUCCUCAGAAUUGCAGGAUCAGCUCGAUUGACUUUCACAAAACUUCAACUUGUAUGGUGACAGCUAGCGACGAUGACUCAAUUCGCCUCUAUGAUGUUGCCAGCGCCACAUGUCUGAAGACAAUUAAUAGCAAAAAGUAUGGUGUUGAUCUUGUUUGCUUCACUUCCCAUCCUACUACUGUCAUCUACUCUUCCAGAAACGGAUGGGACGACUCUCUGAGGCUUCUCUCUUUGCACGAUAAUAAGUACUUGCGCUACUUCAAAGGCCAUCAUGACAGAGUUGUUUCGCUUAGCUUGUGUUCUGGUGGAGAAUGCUUCAUCUCCGGUUCCCUUGAUCGAACUGUUUUGCUUUGGGAUCAAAGGGUCGAGAAAUGCCAGGGUCUCUUACGAGUCCAAGGAAGGCCUGCUGCAGCAUAUGAUGAUCAAGGGUUAGUUUUUGCAAUUGCCUUUGGUGGCUACAUAAGAAUGUUUGAUGCCCGUAUGUAUGAAAAGGGUCCUUUUGAAAUAUUUUCCGUUGGUGGUGAUCUUUCUGAGGCUAACGUUGUGAAAUUUAGUAAUGAUGGAAGGCUCAUGCUGCUGACAACCAUGGAUGGUUUUAUUCAUGUGCUUGACUCGUUUCGUGGAACACUUCUGUCCACAUUUAGUGUGAAACCAGUAGCUGCAGAAUCUACAUUGGAUGCAACCUUCAGUCCUGAAGGGAUGUUUGUUGUUUCAGGUUCAGGCGAUGGUAGUACCCAUGCAUGGGGUGUAAGGAGCGGAAAACAGGUACAUAGUUGGAUGGGUAUAGGGAGUGAGCCCCCAGUCAUUAAAUGGGCUCCAGGAAGUCCCAUGUUUGUGACAGGCUCUUCCGAACUUGCGUUUGUUAUUCCGGACUUGUCUAAAUUGCCAGCUUAUGCCAUACGGAAAUAGGACGACUAUCACGUCUGUGCCAUGUAAAUGAAGCCUCACUUGGCCUUUUGGUUCAGACUUUCCUUCAGCCUGAUCAAUUAAUCUUUGUCUUGUAUUCUAACAAUUACUCGUACCAUGAAGAUAAACCCCAAGUCUUUAUAAUCUUGUAAUUUACAAGAUUGAUUGGCUGUU